CCUCGGAUAGGGGAGUUCCAGGGCUCGGCGGGAUGUGGGAGGCGGCUUCUGCGUCUCUGUGUGGCUGCGGUCGGAUCGAGGCGGGAGUUUCAAGUGUUUAAAUGGCGGGAGUUUCAAGUGUUUAAAUUGGAGAGAGGGCUGCGCGGGCACAACUGUAGGGCGGGAGCACGGACUGCUGGAUGCCUCGGCUGUGUUCCAUUGAAAAGGUUUUUUUGUGUGUGAGUGUUUUGUUUGUGUUUUAGUUUAUGUUUCCUGCCACCGAUCUUAUGAUACUGUGCUUAUCGCCGGUGAUUCGUCCGUAUGUAGAAAGAAAACCAGGCUCAGCCUCCGUCCUUGGGAGCCUCCAUCUCUGUGAGACUGAAGGAUGCCGCUUUUUGUCGUUCCACUGAAUCCCUGAGUGUCUUUAGAGAAGUCUUUACAGCUAAAACCUUCCUGCUGACAACGAAGAAGAUAGAACAAUGGGAGUGACUAAUCUGUGGCAAAUCCUGGAGCCUGUGAGGCAGCCUGUAAGCUUGAGUAGUCUCAAAGGAAAGACACUUGCUGUUGAUUUAAGUCUGUGGGUUUGUGAAGCACAGACCGUUAAAAAGAUGAUCGGAGUAGUUACCAAGCCACAUCUGAGAAACCUGUUUUUUCGGUAUUCUUUUUUCACAUCAAUGGGGAUUAAAUUGGUGUUUGUCAUGGAAGGUGAGGCCCCCAAGCUGAAGGCAGACACUAUGAGUAAGAGAAAUGAGAUGCGAUAUGGAGCUUCCAACAAACAUGGGGCUGCAAGAACAGGGAGAUCUCUUUUUAAAUCUAUUUUGAAAGAGUGCCUCCAGCUGCUGGACUGUUUAGGUGUCCCAUGGGUUCAAGCAGCUGGGGAAGCAGAAGCAAUGUGUGCUUACCUGAGUGCAAAAGGCCAUGUUGAUGGGUGCAUUACCAAUGAUGGAGAUGUUUUCCUAUAUGGAGCUCAAACAGUUUAUAGGAACUUUGCCAUGAAUUCUAAGGAGCCACAUCUUGACUGCUACACAAUGUCCUCUAUUAAGGAGAAGCUUGGUUGUGACAGAGAGACUUUGAUUGGACUAGCUGUUCUUCUGGGUUGUGAUUAUCUUCCAAAGGGUGUUCCAGGAGUUGGAAAAGAGCAAGCUUUAAAAUUAAUUGAGACUUUGGGAGGUCAAAAUUUACUGCAAAGGUUUGAGCAAUGGAAAGAACAAUCUGAGCAUGAUUAUAAUCCACCUUUGGUUGUUAAAAGAGUAGUGCACUGUUCUGACUGCCAUCAUCCAGGAUCGUACAAGGAACAUGAGCGCAGUGGAUGUAAAUUCUGUGAAAGCACUAGAUACUGCAAACCCAGUGACUCCAAAUACUGCUGCCCUUGUGAAUGGCAUCAGUUAGAGCAAGUGAAACAAGCAAGUGCAGUGGAGGACAAUAUCAGAAAAAAAGCUAACAGUUGUGAAGGCUUUCCAUUCUCUGAGGUUAUCCAAGAAUUUCUUGUAAACAAGAAUAAACUGAACAAGAUAAUGGAAUGCAAGAGGCCAAAUUUAUUGUCAUUUCAGAUAUUUGCUUCUGAGAAGAUGGAAUGGGAAAAGCAUUAUGCUUGUAAGAAGCUGUUAGCAUUGCUUACACAUUAUGAUAUGAUCCAGAGAAAAUCUGGAUACACUGAUUCAAAGCAACUGCAGGCAAUACGAAUAGUCAAGACACGUGUUAAAAAUGGAGUUCCUUGUUAUGAAAUUGAGUGGCAAAAACCAGAACACUAUGUUGAUGCAGAAGAUGAGCCUGUGGAGUUGUAUGUAGUUACAAUAGAAGAACAGCCUUUGUUUCAGGCUGCUUAUCCAGAUGUUGUUGCUCUUUACCAAAUGGAAAAGUCAGAAGCUCUGGCAAAGAAACAGAAAAACAAGAAAAACAGACCAAAAGAAAAGGAGUUAUUGGAUGCUUAUGGUGAAGUUACCAAUUUUCUGUCUCAAAUGAAUUUAAAGUCUGCACAUGAAAUUAUUCCUGUGCCAGACCACACGUCUGAUGGAAAAACUCCACCUGAGUAUCAGAUAUGCCAGAGAAGCACGGAAUCAAAAGAUCCAGUGAUAGCUGCAGCUUCUUGUGUAACAUCUGUUCAAAUGUCAGAAUCAGUUGUACUUUCUCAGACAGCAUCACUUGGCUUGCACUUACAGCGUGCAUUGACUGACUCAUCUGCAGUGCCAGCACAAUUUACUAAAAACUCAGAAGUGUCAUCCUCUGUAACAGCUGAUCUACAACUGAGCAGUAUUGAUGGGAAAGGAACCUUCUUCAGCACUUCACCAACCCUUGAAUAUAAUACCUGUGAUCCAGCACCUGACUUGUCUGCAUACAUAAAGCACUCAUAUCCACUACAUCACAAAACAGUAAAAAAUAGCUUGCAAUGUUCUGGUGCUGCACAGUCAGAUCGAGAUCAUUCUGAUAGUGCAGAUGAUUUGUUUUCAGAUGGUCACGUGGAACAUCUUCAAAAGUUGUCUUUAAGUGAGCGUAUACUUAAGACUUCUGUUCCAUCAAAGUCUGUGCUGCCAGAAGAUGUAAUGCAACAAGAGCCUUUCAAACAUUUUAAGCACACAGAAGCAGCAUUGAAACUUGAUAAAGAUUAUCUCUCUUCCUCUUGUCAGUUAAAUAAACUAGUACAAGACGCUAAAAAUGUGCUACCAGAAACCUGUGCAAGAGAAUCCAGUGCACCUGUUUCUCAAGAAAGUGACACCCUGCAUGAAAUGAUGCAGAAAGACUGUAUUAUAAGCUGUUCAACAUCUCUAGCCCCCAGGGGGCAAACAACAGAGCCAUUGCAUACUGUGUGUGAAGUGCUUCCACUGCCUCUUUCUUUGCCAGUAAAUGUUGCUCCUGUCCAUAACGUAACAAAAACUUGUACUCAGGCUGCUUGGAAAACUUCUUUUAAGAGUGUGUGCCAGAGCAAAUGCUCUUCUAGUGAGGACAGUGAUGAUGGGAACAUGAAUAAAAAUCCAAUAUGUAAGCAGCAGCAAAGGCAACUGAACCCUGGCCAGUUUAAAAAAACUUUUACAAAGAAAAGAUAUAACACUGCUAGUAGCAAAAGUACAGGCAGUGACUCAGCACUUCUAAUUAAAGGGAUGGAGAAAACCACAGAUUUUAAGGAAGUUGGUGGGAAUUUGUCAUUGGAAGUAUCUCCAAAAAAUUCCUCUGUAGUUGUAGUUGAUUGUUUCCGAAGUUCAGAACAACAGUUUCAGGGCACAGGUUCCAGUCCUGCACAAGUUGACAGUGAUGUUCUGAUUUCUUUGUGGGCAGACAGUCCACUUCCCCUGUCUGAAAGACUAAAAAGAAGACUCAAAAGCAGUUAGGUUGCUCAUAAAAUAAUUAUGGUAACAAUUAACUCUAAAACUUCACUUCUUAUAGAGCUCUUUUUCAAAGUUUCUACUGUGCUAUGUCAAUUGAAGUGCAAACAUUCAUGAUGAAUAAGUAGUGUUGUGAAAUACUUCAUGCUGGUGCUGAGGUUUGAAACUAAAAUGUUGACAAAGGUACUAAAUCAGACAUUGUGGGCAAAUACCAAUUAUUCUGGGCUUGGUUAUGUUCUGAAUGUGUAAACAGCAGACUAUGGUAUACAAGGGAGCAGGGUUGGUACUUUUGAAUUAUGAAGUCUUUUUUUCCCUGCCAGGUUAAGGCUGUUAGUCCUUCUGCUUUUAUACAUGUAUGUUUGACCAUAGCUAAAUUUAUAAUGUGCUAUGCCAUGUGAUAAACCUCUUUGAGUAUUUGUACCUUCCAAGUGGAAUAAGCCAUAUAAAGGAUAUUCUGGUUUUGUGGCUGUCACUUGCCCUAUUAAAGAAAAUUUGAUAGCAGUUUUAACCACGUGUUUCUAAGUUAGGGCAUUUUUAAUUUACAGAGGGUAUGCAAUUUCAUCUAACGUUCACGUAUACCAAGAGAAAGGUUAAAUAGAGAAAAUCAAAAUCUGAUAACAGUAUUGCAGGCUCUCUGGAAAAUAUCAUGCACUGUAAAUGUUUGAUCUUAUAGUGGGAACUUAAAUGCAAUUGGAUUUUUGAAGGUGUUUUUUCUUUUCUCUUAAUAGUCAAGCAAACUGAUCAUAAACAAAAAAAUUGUCUUCUCGAGCUUAUUAGAAAAUUCUUUCUUACCUCUACUUAAUUCAUAAUUUUUCUUUGUACUGACCAGAAUGAAGACCCAUCUUACAUGCGCUGUUUAUAUUCUACUUGGUUUAUAUUAUUCAUGCAUUAAUGAAAAGGUCAACUAUUUCUUACAAAGGCAGAAACCUUAGAAGUUAGGAAGCAAAACUCUAGCUGUGCUUAAAGAAAUAGAUAAUAUAAUCUAUAAUUAGUAAAAUUGGUAACUUCUUAGCUUGGCUUCUGGCAGGUAGCAAAAGCUGAUUUGUAGUAUAUUUUCUAAAUGAAAAAUGAGUUUCAGAAUUUUUGCUCAUCUAUAUAACUAUUGGAAUCCCUUUCUGGAGGCUCAUCGCCCAGAUGGUGUGAGCAUAUAGCUGAAAGAAUAGAAACGCUAUGGAGAAUCAGAGUAGUAGACAUCUGUAAAUUAGAAAGGGAGAGAUUCCAGAUGUUCUAGUCAGUUGUGGACAGAAUUUGUGUGUGUGCAAAAAAACACAUUUGUUUGAUUCUGUUUGUUUCUUGCUGCUGAUUUUUGAAUACUGAAGGUUGUAAUCAGCAGCUUGAAUUUUCAGGAAUAAAAUAUCAGCACUGUACUUACUGGAAGGAUCAUAAAUUUUUACCCAUACUUUGUGGGUUUCUGUGCUUUAGAUUUUUGUUUAAAGCUGAUGGUAAGCUGUUUUUGGAGGGUUUUUUGGUUUUUUUUUGGUUGCUUUUCAGAUUUCUGGAAAGACUGCCUUACUGAAGGAUUUUCCAAAAAUACUGUGCCAUAAUUAACAACAAAUUCAUAUUUUAUGGAUUAUAAAAGUGAGAAAAGAGAUGCGUUCGUAAGCUAGUGAGAACUGCAGUGGAAGAAAGUUAGAAGCAGCAAUAGAUUUGAAAAUAACCGCAUAGGAUACUGCAUCACACUGUUUCUGCUCACUGCAGCAAAUCAACAUAGGAACAUUUAUCCUUGGGGGGGUAUCAUCAGAUUUGUGAUUCUCUGCAGAGAGUCACAGUUUAAAUGCAUUUGGAGUUCUCACCUUACUGUAAUUUACUCAAUUUGAGGAUUAGGGCUAAUUUCUCUACUUUGGAGCUGUUCUAAAUGUCAAAGCUGACUGCUUUGCAGAUUCUCACAUUUGUGAAGAAAAUGUUUAAAUAUAUUGAAUGGGUGCAACAGAUAACAUCUGCAGAAAAUAUUCCAAAAAGAUUAUGCUAAACUGGUUGCAAGUAUAAGUCAGUGUAGUACAUCUGCCUGUUACCACUGAAUGUGUUUUCAUUUAUCCAUCCUGGUCUGCCAAAGCAAUCUGUAUCAGGAUGUUUCAUACAAAGCAAUAAAAUUAUAUCUGCUGUGAAGAUGGAGCAGGUAAGAUGCAUCAUUCUUCAGAUACUGCUCUGAAAGUUUUUCUAUGAAAGCAAGCACUCCUCAAGCUCACUGGUGUAUCACCCCUGAUGAGAGUGUCAUUCUGGCUCAGUUGAUACCUGCAGUAACAUGGAGCAGAAAUUUAGAUUCUGUCUUAGCAGUAUAAAUUAUUUCCAUUUGAAAAGCAAUAUUGUAUGUCUACUUUAACAUAGAACAUUUAUACAGCAUAUGUUAACAGGGGGGAAUGUUUACGGUUCUUCAUGUGAUUCUGUUUCAGUUACAUGGGGAGAUCAACCAGAAAGUCAUAGAGUACUGAUAUGGGGAAUGUAUACAUAGGAAAAAAAAAUAUAUAGUGGAAAAUGAUCCAAAAAAUCCUUAUUUCCUCUAUAGCCCACUCUUGAGCUGCAAUUGCUUUUAUUUAUUUUUUUUUUAUUGGGGCAUAUUACUGACAUACUUGAGUAUGUUCACAGAUGCUGCUAACAGGAAUUUUGUUCAUAAUCAUUGUGUUUAUCUUAACAACAGAAUUGAUAAAUGGAAUUUAUGUAUAUAUGUACAAUUGACAGAAAUAUUUCCUAAUUUGAGAAUGAGAUAUCUAAGCUGAAUUUUGAGGAUUUGCAUGGGCUUGGCUGUAUGCUAUUAUAUAACAAAGAAAACGGGGAAGAUGUGGUGAAAGAGACUAAUGGCAGCUGCUACUUGAGACAAGAUAAAGUCUUUUCAUGUCUAAAAA